UGUUCAGCCAUUUCAGAAGCCCUAGUGGGUUUCGGCACUGAGCUGCGAAGGCAGAAGACGGGCUACUUCACUCCCUCGCCACUUCUCUGCCGUCGGGGUCUGGGAUGGUGUGGAUGGGACCUUGUGAGUGCUGCUGAGUGAGCUCGUGACCCAAUCACGCUCCAGCCGGCACUGAGGGAUUCUCGGGGAGCCCAUCGGCUGCGACCGUCUCCGCUGCUGACAACGUCCCUAGGAGAGAAAGGCUCCUGACGCUGUGGAACGCACUGGGGAAAGGCUGACGGCGGCGCUGGCGGGCGGGGCGUGCACGGCGCUAGGACCCAGGAGGACGCAAGGCGGCUCUUAGAGCCAGAUUGCAAAUUCGCCGUGACUCAGUCCGUGUACCGGAGCAGGCGUUUUUUCUAGCAAGCCAAGAUGGAGUAUGAGUGGAAGCCUGACGAACAGGGGCUUCUACAGAUCCUGCAGCUGCUCAAGGAAUCGCAGUCCCCGGAUACCACCACGCAGAGAGCCGUUCAACAAAAACUAGAACAACUCAAUCAGUAUCCAGAUUUCAACAACUACCUGAUUUUUGUUCUUACAAAGUUGAAGUCUGAAGAUGAGCCGACACGUUCCUUGAGUGGUCUCAUCUUGAAGAAUAAUGUAAAAGCACAUUUUCACAACUUUCCAAAUGGAGUAACUGACUUCAUUAAAAGUGAAUGUUUGAACAAUAUUGGUGAUUCCUCCCCCUUAAUUAGAGCUACUGUAGGCAUUCUGAUAACAACCAUUGCUUCAAAAGGGGAAUUGCAGAAUUGGCCUGACCUCUUACCAAAGCUUUGCAGCUUGUUGGAUUCUGAAGAUUACAAUACCUGUGAGGGUGCAUUUGGUGCUCUUCAGAAGAUAUGCGAAGAUUCUGCUGAAAUUUUAGAUAGUGAUGUAUUGGACCGACCACUCAAUAUAAUGAUACCUAAAUUCUUGCAGUUCUUCAAACACAGCAGUCCAAAAAUAAGGUCUCAUGCUGUUGCGUGUGUCAAUCAAUUUAUCAUCAGCAGAACUCAAGCUCUUAUGUUGCACAUAGAUUCUUUUAUUGAGAAUCUUUUUGCACUGGCUGGCGAUGAAGAGCCUGAAGUACGCAAAAAUGUUUGUCGUGCUCUGGUAAUGUUGCUAGAAGUUCGAAUGGAUCGCCUGCUUCCUCAUAUGAUUAGUAUAGUUGAGUAUAUGCUUCAAAGGACCCAGGACCAAGAUGAAAAUGUUGCUUUGGAGGCUUGUGAGUUUUGGCUGACUUUGGCUGAACAGCCAAUUUGUAAAGAUGUAUUAUGUCGGCAUCUUGCUAAACUGAUACCUGUGCUGGUAAAUGGUAUGAAAUAUUCAGAGAUUGAUAUUAUUCUGUUAAAGGGGGAUGUUGAAGAAGAUGAAGCUAUUCCAGAUAGUGAACAGGACAUAAGACCUCGUUUUCAUCGUUCAAGGACAGUAGCUCAGCCACAUGAAGAAGAUCGUAUUGAAGAUGAUGAUGAUGAUGAUGACGACGACAAUGAUCUUGAUGAUGAUGAUACUAUCUCUGACUGGAAUUUAAGGAAAUGUUCCGCUGCUGCUCUAGAUGUCCUGGCUAAUGUAUUUCGUGAUGAACUUCUACCACACAUCUUGCCCCUUUUGAAAGAAUUGCUUUUCCAUCCUGAAUGGGUAAUUAAAGAAUCUGGUAUCCUUGUUCUUGGAGCAAUUGCUGAAGGCUGCAUGCAGGGUAUGAUUCCAUAUCUUCCUGAGCUGAUCCCUCACCUUAUUCAGUGCCUCUCUAAUAAAAAGGCUCUUGUGCGCUCCAUCACCUGCUGGACUCUUAGUCGCUAUGCACACUGGGUAGUUAGUCAACCCCCAGACACAUACUUGAAGCCAUUAAUGACUGAGUUGCUAAAGCGCAUUCUGGAUAGCAACAAGAGAGUACAAGAAGCUGCCUGCAGUGCCUUUGCUACUCUAGAAGAGGAGGCUUGUACAGAGCUUGUUCCUUAUCUUGCAUAUAUACUUGACACUUUGGUCUUCGCAUUUAGUAAAUACCAGCAUAAAAACCUGCUCAUUCUUUAUGAUGCUAUAGGAACUCUAGCAGAUUCUGUAGGACAUCAUCUAAAUAAACCUGAAUAUAUUCAGAUGCUAAUGCCUCCAUUAAUCCAGAAGUGGAACAUGUUGAAGGAUGAAGAUAAAGAUCUCUUCCCUUUAUUAGAGUGCCUGUCAUCAGUUGCUACUGCCUUGCAAUCUGGAUUUCUUCCAUACUGUGAGCCUGUGUACCAGCGUUGUGUAAAUCUGGUGCAGAAGACUCUUGCACAAGCCAUGUUGCACAAUGCUCAGCCAGACCAGUAUGAGGCUCCAGAUAAAGAUUUCAUGAUUGUAGCUCUUGAUUUACUCAGUGGUUUAGCUGAAGGACUUGGAGGCAACAUUGAACAGCUAGUGGCUUGCAGCAAUAUCCUGACACUAAUGUACCAAUGUAUGCAGGAUAAAAUGCCUGAGGUACGGCAGAGUUCUUUUGCACUGUUAGGUGAUCUGACAAAGGCGUGUUUUCAGCAUGUUAAGCCUUGCAUCGCUGAUUUCAUGCCCAUUUUGGGAACAAACCUAAACCCUGAAUUCAUUUCUGUGUGUAACAAUGCCACCUGGGCGAUUGGAGAAAUCUCCAUCCAAAUGGGUAUAGAGAUGCAGCAUUAUAUUCCAAUGGUGUUGCACCAGCUUGUAGAAAUAAUUAACAGACCCAACACACCAAAGACAUUGUUAGAGAAUACAGCAAUAACAAUUGGUCGUCUUGGUUACGUUUGUCCUCAAGAGGUGGCCCCCAUGCUACAGCAGUUUAUAAGACCCUGGUGCACUUCUCUGCGAAACAUAAGAGACAAUGAGGAAAAGGAUUCAGCGUUCCGUGGGAUAUGUACCAUGAUCUCAGUCAACCCCAGUGGAGUAGUCCAAGACUUUAUUUUUUUUUGUGAUGCUGUUGCAUCGUGGAUUAACCCAAAAGAUGAUCUCCGAGACAUGUUCUGUAAGAUUCUUCAUGGAUUUAAAAAUCAAGUUGGGGAUGAGAACUGGAGGCGUUUCUCUGACCAGUUUCCUCUUCCCUUAAAAGAGCGCCUUGCAGCUUACUAUGGAGUUUAACCUUAUGCACUGUGGCUGCAGUCCCAUAAUUAGAGGUCCUUCAGUCUGGGAGACUAUGAGGGAGACUCUGCACCCAGGGAAAAUGUUACCCUUUACUGGGGGGAAGGGUAAACCAGUAGGGAAUACAGUACAGUCCCAACCCUACUGGGAGGGGUGGGAGGGAGGUGUUGCUGUCACUGUAUUAAGUUGAUGUUGGGAAAUGUUUUAACAUCUUGAGCCUUUGUUGGUGGAAAUAGUCUCCUAUUACAACUCUGCACUGGAUGUGAAGAAGAAAAAAAAAUCUAUUAACAAAACAGCACAUUCUGGAUUAUUGUGGGGAAUUGUACCAAAAUAAGAACCAUAUAAUUGAACCAUAGGGAUACAUAAAGAGGAAAACCAUUUUACGCACAAUAAAGAAAACCUACAAAUGGAGGUCACAAACAGUAAAAGGCUUUCUUUUUUGGUUUUUUUUUUUAAAGUAAGGAUUUUCUACAUUAUUUCGUCCUGCUUAAUUGGACUCCUAGAUAAUUUGCAUGUUAAUGAAUAAGUCAAAUUAAAUUAGUACAGUUAAAAUGCAGCUUGUGUCAGUAUUAGGAGCAGGAAUUGCAUUGUACAAUAUAGAAACCCCAUCAAAAAUUAAUAAAGGUUAAGCUGGACAAAAUGAAAUAACCUGCAAGCUGCAAAUGAGUCACUCCUUUCAUUUUUGGGGUAAGGGGAGGGACAAAACAAAGAUUUACAUCUUAAUUUUUGCAUUUAAAAAAAUUAAAGUCACAUCAUUUGGGUUAUUGUAAUUAAUUAGGUUUAAUUUCUAGAGUAAGACAUUAUUCUUAACAUACAGUUUAAGGUUCAGGCAUGCAUUCUGGCUCAUAGUGAUCAGAGGUAAUUUAAAUUAGUGGGAAAGUAGCAUGCUUGCAUCACAUAGAGUGAAAUUGGUAUACAUUUACCUAUGUGGCUCCAGUCUUAUGUUGCAGUUUACCAAUUCAAUAUAGCCCUGCAGUUAAAAUUAUUUUUCUGAGAUUCUGUGGAUCUUAUUUUUAUUAAGAAUAUAGUUAUAAAGUACUGUAGUUAACAAUUAGGCCUUGAAAUACCUUUUUAGGAUCUGUUAAGAUUAAGAUUCAUAUCAUAUUGUGUGCAACCUACACAAUGUGGAAAGCUGAUAUAACUGUGCAAAAUAUUUGCCUCUGUGCUGUCAGUGUGAUGUGCUUUCUGCAUGGUUAUAUGCUAGUGAUUUUUAGCAGAAUCUCUAAAAAUGAGUUACAUGGUAAGACCCGUUAAAGGCUACAUAAAUGUUAAUUCACACAUAAAGACAAUUGUAGAAGUUGAUGACAAUUGCUAUAUUUGUGUUUAUUCCCACUCAAUGUAUUACCUUUUAUGAUUAAUUUUUGUUCACAGCAUGAUCUUAGAGGUGUUUAAGUUAGUGGCUGUAAUGCAGGGUAUCUAUAAUGUAUUGGCACAUGUUGGUGGCCCUUUGUGAUAUAAUUAAAUGCACAAGGGUGCAAGUUUAAAGCUAAAGAGUGAAAGUUGGUUUGGAUCCUCUUAAUUUCAUUUGUUUAGCUUUUCUGUUGAUUUUUUUUUUCUUUUCUCUACUUACAUGUAUUCCUGUGAAUAAAUCUUAGUUAAGGUAAUCCUUUGCUUUUCUUUCAAUGUGUAUUUUCUUAUGUACUGUGAAUGUGAAAUCCUAACUGGUAAACUUGAUCUUGUGUUUGUCUGAAAAUGGCAAGUCUCUAUUUAGAUUGCCUAAAGAGUAUCCCAUGAUGUUAAAGGAAAAUGGAGAGACUUAACUGUGCUGGUCAGAGGUGAAACCGCACCUUUCCAUUUUUCAAGUGCUACAUAAUUAACCUGAAAAACAAAACUAAGCCAUAACAACCUUUUUAUAGAUUUCUUUUCUCACCUUUGCAUUGCAAAAUUGGAUAUUGGAUAACAGUUUGGGAUUUGGUUUAUUUUGGUAUUUUGUGGUUUGUUUGUGAGGGGGAGGUUGUUUUGUUUGUUUGCAGUUGUGUGGUAUUUUUUAAGAACUUGCUGCUCUUUGCAUGGUUCUGUUAUUUGAGUGUUAAAUGAUUUAGCCAUUGCACUGAAAUUUGAGCUGUAUGACUGUGGACUUAUAAAUGCUGUUAUGCUCUUUUAAGAGUUGGGGUGGGGGGGAUGGUGUUUGCAUGCACAUUUUAAAUGUAUCCCACACUUCACCCCAUCCUUUUUUGGUUUUUGUGGCUUUGCAAAUAUGAAUGGAUUAUGCCUGAAGAAUAGUUUGAACAUGUAUUGUAUGAAGUACAUUUACUAAUGCUAUUACAUAGUAUUUAUUCAAUUUGGUCAAAUUUGCAUGUGAUAACUUCCUUUCAAAUUACAUUGCUUUGGUAGCAAAUACAAAAUUCUUUUUUAACUAAUAGCACUGAAGAAAAUUUGUAAGAGUUUUAGUCACUAAAAACACUUUUAAAUCAAUUUUGGAAGAAGAAAAAAAACCAGUAGGCUAUUAUUUUAGACACAAAUUUGCUAUAGUUUUGAGUUCAUUUGAACAUUAGGGAAGAGUUUCAUAUAAAUUAUCUUAAAAUAAAUUGUACAAUAGAAAAUCUACAUAAAUAAUACUGUAGCAUUACAGCUAUAAUCUGGGUUUAACUAAACUGUUUAAAUUUCAGAAAGCCCCUUUAACCAAAUAAACCCACUUCACUUCACAUUACCUUAGAAUAUUGCUUUUGUACAUAGUAUUUUAAUAGAUAUUCGUACAGAUAUGUACUGAUCUGGUAUAACAGCAAAUAAAAAUAAUUAAGGCAGAAAUAAACAGUACCGACAAAAUAGUCUGUUGUAUCAGUAAGUUCCCUUGUGGUAUAUUUUAAAGCAAAUAAACUAUAUUCCUAAUGCAUAAUGUAGUGCAGAGAUUUGCAGAAGCCAUUUAGGGUCUAAUCUGAGGCAAGAAAAGUUCUGAGUCAGCAUUAACAGUUAUAAUUAAAUUAUUGCAUCAUGGGAUAAAUAAAAAUCAUUUCAAUUCUUGUAGUGUAGACUUGACAGUUCUUGAAUGUUGACUGAAUGUUUAUAUUGGUAGAAUUAUGAGUUUGUUACAUUCCAGUGUUUCUGCCUCUUGGCAUGCUACAAGUACGGCUUCAUUUGUUCCUUGCACACUGAGUAAAGUGCUGUUAGUCUGCUAAGCUACAAAAAUAGCUGCUGCUAAGUAAUGGUGUAGCUUUUCUACUUGAAUAGUUUUGUAGGAGCCUCAGGAGGUCAGUGUUUACUGUUUUUUAUAUGUCUUUUUCCUGUUUUAAGUUUACCUUUUUGAAGAAUUCAGAGUGAAGAAAAACUGCUAAUCAACCUAAGUUGAUAACAGAAAGGGUAUUUAAAAUCCUUAUAAAAUGCAUCUUUUUGGCAGUUCUAAAUUGCUGUGAAAUUAUAUGUUCAGUACUAAUUUUUUUUCUUUAUACAUUCAGGAAACAACUCUUUUCAUUUAGGAAAAACUGAUUAGAAUAGUUUAUUAUUCUAAGCAGGGCAAGAAAAUAUAAUCAAUUUUACAAUUUUUUUCCAAAGCUUAAUUAUUUUCUAAAUUGGUGAAUAUGUAUAUAUUUAAAUUGUAAUGAGAUAAUUCUUAUGCUUUUGUUUAUUGCUCCUUAAAGCUUGUACUCAAAAGAUCAGUUUUGGAAGAAUGAGUUUAAAAUUUAUAAUUAUAAUUUUUAAAAGUUAUGCGGCAGCAUAAGUUUUAUAACUAGAAUUAAUGAUACACUGUGGAUUUGGUGGGGUUUUUUUUAGGACUUUUAUGUAAGCAUCAAUUUUAAUUACUUAUACUGCAUAUAUUGUAUAAUAAUAAAAUAUAUAUUUUAAAGCUUCAAGUAGUUUUACUCAAAUGAAACUCAUUGCUACUUAGAAAUAUUCAAAUACUAGCUUUAUCUCAGGUGAAUACUCUUGUACCCUUUUUGUUCAGAACACAUGCUUAUAAAAAUGUGUCAAUUAUAUCAGUUUAUGUAUUUCAUAUUACGGAGCUCCUCUGUCUUAAACUUACUCUAAAUUAACCUUCUACUGUUGGACAAUAAUGACUUUUGCUUCACUUAUUUUAUUCAUAUUGAAUGUAUUAACAGAUAAAAGUGCAAAAAUAUUCUUCCCUUGAGGAGAAUGCAUCCAUAUUGAAACAACUGAAAUAUUUCUUGAAUAAUGCUUUAAAUGUAACAUUGUGUUAGAAAUCUUUUCUUUCAGAUUUUGUCAAGGAAAGAAGUUGCAAAUUAACACAAAUUGCUCUGAUGCUCUCUCUUUUAUGAGCAGAAAUGCAUAAAGCUUCCACAUAGGGUCUAAAGAGUAACUUUUUAUCUUAGAUGAAGGUUAAGCUCUACAGUGAAAUGACUGCUGUAAAUU